GAUGGGAGGUAUUUUCACACCUGGACUAUCUGGAAGGGAGAUGAAGAGAGCCAGUAUUGCUUGUGAAUUAAUACGGGACCCAGACAUUAUAUUUCUUGAUGAACCAACUACUGGUUUAGACUCGAGUACGACCACCAGUUUGAUAUCACUGUUGAAGACGUAUGCAGCAGAAAGCGGCAAGUCGGUUAUAGCCUCGAUACACCAACCUUCGUCGCAGAAUUUCUUUCAGUUUGAUAAACUCAUGUUACUAACUGGAGGGCAGGUAGCAUAUUUUGGAGAGACGAGCCAGGUAGUACAACAUUUUCAGUCUGUUGGUAUUGCAGUUGAAGAGAACUACAACCCUGCAGAUUUCAUAUUGGAAGCAUUGUCAGAGAGUGAAGAAGUUAGAACAAAGUUAUUGUCGGCUUCGAAGAGCAACAGUUAUAUCCACAGGGUGCAAUAUAGAGAUGGAGAAAUGUUGAAUUUUUCUGGUGGCAUAGAAGUGGAUGAAAAAUUAGCUAAUGGUGUUGCAUUUAGUGAUAUGGAUCCAGGCAGUGUACAUAUGAGUCUUCUUGACCUGGAAAGCCCAGAAAAUGAACUUGAAAUUCAUAGCGUAGACUCAGAACGAAAAUGGCCAACAGGUUUCUGGACUCAGUAUAGCCAGUUGACACUAAGAACAUUUCGAGAAUCUCGUAGAAGAAUACUUGACAAAACAAAAUUACUUGAAAAUCUGUUGAUCUGUGGCUUUGUGAGCCUGAUAUUUUUCCAGCUUCCACGUAAUGAAGAUACGUUACGGGAUAGGAUGGGAGCCGUGUUCUUCAUUGCUGCUCAUUGGGCUUUUAUACCCUUAUUUGAUGCUGUUACAUCAUUUCCGAUGGAGAGGAUGGUUAUCAACAAGGAGAGAUCAGCGCACUGGUACAGACUGUCAGCAUACUAUCUUGCCAAGAUGUCUAGUGAACUUGUCCUUAUCCUUAUACAGCCGACUGUGUUCGUUAUCAUUGCAUACUGGGUCAUAGGUCUGAAUGGAAUUGAAGCAUUCUUCAGUACACUUGGCACAGUUUUCAUUGACUCUAUAGCUGGGCAGAGUUUUGGGCUGUUUAUUGGGAUAGCAUGUAUGCAGAUAAACCAGGCAAUGACAGUGUCUAUCACCUUCCAGAUGGCAAUAAUGUUAUUAGGUGGACUGUUUACAAGAAAUAUUCCAGUGUGGCUGGACUGGAUGAAGUAUUUGUCAUUUCUCCAUUAUUCCUUUCAUUCCUUGAUGGUACUCGAGUUUACAGAUGGCAAGCCUGUAGAAUGUCUUCUUCCAGCAGAAAAUUCAGCAUUCACUAUAUGUCAGUCAGCUAAUGUGACAGAGAUUCCUUCCAAUCAGAUUCUACAGUAUUAUGAUAUGACUUGGUCCUACUGGCAGUAUAUACUCGCAUUAUUGUUGUUUACAAUUAUAUUUAGGGCACUUGGUUACUUUACAUUAAGAUAUUUUCGCAAACCAUUUUGAUGAGGUAUGAUUUUUAGCUUUCAUUUAUAUUGAGAGAUUUUGUUGUCACCCUUUGAUUGACGACACAAAAGGUUUGCAUAUAAGCAGGUUUUUUUCUAAAACUUUAGGGCCAAAUGCUUUCAAGCUUUACACAUGUCUUUGGCAUCAUAAGCUGACCUCUUUUGACAAGUAACAUACCUAUAGUUUUUAUAUUGUUUAAAUUAUGCUCCUUUUUAACUGUUUUUUUUAAAGUUCUGCAUGUAAGCAGGAUUCUCUAAAACUACAAAAGUUGAUGCAAAAGUGAUGUUACUGCAUCCGUUGUGUUGUAUUGUCAUGAAAAUUAUAUCAAAAUGUACACUUAUUCCAUCCAGAUUACACCAGUUAAUAUUUUUAUCUAGGGUUGUUUGGUUUGAAAUACACAAAAAUUCAAAGUUUACCCCAGCACAUAAAUACAAAGAAACUAAGACAGUCAUCAGUUAACCCAAAGCAAUGCCCAAAAUCAUAUACUAUUGUAAUGAUUUUGUGAAGUAACAUUUUUUUUGCCAUAUACAGAUAAAACUGUAAUGGUGUCAUCUCAUGUUUAAGUUUUCAAAGUAGUGCUAACACUAUGAUUUCUGGGGUCAGUAUGGGAUCUCCAUGGUCAAGUGGUUAAGGUUACUGACUUCAAAUCACUUGCCCCUCACUGAUGUUGGUUGGAGCCUCACUCAGGGUGUUGAAUUCUUCAUGCUGGAUUACGGAAGGUCAGUGGUUCUACCCAGGUGCCUGCCCAUGAUGAAAUGAUGCGCAGAGGGGCACAUGGGGUUUUCCUCCAUAUCGAGGCUUGCAUGUUGCCAUAUAAACCAUAAUUGUGUUGGUGCAGCGUUAAACCUAACAAAACAAACAAACUGACGUCGGUAACAUCAGUGAUGUUUGGUGUUUGUCGUUACUAUGCUCUUAAUAGAAGUUUAUAUCUCAGUAUGCAAAAUACUUUAAAGGUGGUCAAUCACAUUUAAUCAACAUUUAAUGACAUUUUUUACUUUUUGUAUAUUCUGGUAGAGAAUUAUUUAAGGAACAAAAAGACUGAUUACAUAGAGUUAGAUUCCUAUUUGAAAUGUAUAUUUUAUUAUUUUUAUAAAAUUUUGUAAUUACUCCCCUUUAAUAUGAAAGUAUAUAAAAAGCUGGGUAUUUCUUUUUAUUUCGAUACAAUGUCUAGUUUUACAUUUGCAUUUGAUAGACAUAUCAACUAUUGAACAAUCUGAACCAAAAUGCAAGUUUUAAAGCUGUGUGUAGCUUCUGAAUUCAUUUAUUUCCAAUCUAUCUUGGUUGUGCAACCAAGAUAGGCAAAGGGAGGUAAUAAUAAUUUUUCAAACUUGCGUUUCUAAUGAAUUCCAUCUAAAUACAUAAUUUUUAAUGCAAAUAUUUUACAAAUAUAUUACAAUAUGUCUAAUAUUUAUACAUUUCCUUAGGCAAAGUAUGUUUAUCAAAUUUAUACUUAUGAUAAAAUAACUCUAUCUUGGUUGGGCAACCAGGAUAGGGAAAUGAAAUUUUAAAAAUACCUACAGUGAAAAUCUAAUUUGUAUUAAGUGUUAAGUGAACAUAAAUGAGUGUAAAUGAUCAGAUGCUAAAGUUUCAAACAAAUCCGUUACAUGGCCAAAAUCUGAUUAUCCACCUUUAAGGUUAGAUUAAGUUACUUGCAUAUGAAUUUUUGCUGCUUUCUUUGUAUUAUACAUGUUUAUGUGGCCUUUGUGACAUUGCUUUUGGAUCAGCUGUCACAUUUGGCUUAAUCCUUUGAAAUCAUGAUAUGCCAUUAACAGGACAAGUUACACAACUAGCUUUUAUUUUGUUAAAAUAAUGGCUUUUUUUUCAACUUGAUAUAUUUUUGUUAUAAUUCUGCAUGUUAGCAUGUUGAAGUUACUGAACCAAAUGCUUUCAGACUCCACAUAAAUGAGUUGACUUUUCAGGGCAGGUUAUACAACUCUUAAAAAUAGGCCCUUUUAACAUUUUUUGGAAGUUUUGCAUAUAAUCAUGUUCUUCAAUAUUCUACACAUUUUUAGCAUACGAAAAUGACCUCACAUGGGUGGUUCAAUAACUGUGUUACAUUUUGGCAAAACUAUGCCCUUUUUUUCAAGUACAAGUUUUCGUGAAAGUUUUGCAUAUAAGCAGAUUUCUCAGGACCUGUUUACUUUCAAACUCUUCAUAAGUCUUCAGCAUUUAGUAUUCUGAACUAGAGUUCAUUUAUCUCUGAUGUAUUAUUAAUAAAAUCGUGCCCCUAUUUUCAGUGUAGAAAAUUUUGCUAAAACUUUCGCAUGUAAGCAAGUAUUAGGUUGAAGGGCUUCAAAUAGUUGAGUGCCCUGUCAUUUGAUAGUAUUUUUAGCUCACCUGUCACAUAGUGACAAGGUGAGCUUUUGUGAUAUCACCCUUUGUCCGUCGUCAGUUCGUCCGUCCGUCCGUCCGUCCAUGCGUGCGUGCGUCAACAAUUUCUUGUCUGCACGAUAUUGGUUUCAUUUAUGAUUUUAUUUCAACCAAACUUGCACACAACUUGUAUCACCAUAAGAUCUCGGUUCCUUUCUUGAACUGGCCAGAUCCCAUCAUGGGUUCCAGAGUUAUGGCCCCUGAAAGGGCCAAAAUUAGCUAUUUUGACCUUGUCUGCACAAUAGCAGCUUUAUUUAUGAUUUGAUUUUUACCAAACUUGCACACAACUUGUAUAACCACAAGAUCUUGGUUCCUUUCUUGAACUGGCCAGAUUCCAUUAUGGGUUUCAGAGUUAUACCCCCUGAAAGGCCCAAAAUUAGCUAUUUUGACCUUGUCUGCACAAUCAGCUUCAUUUAUGAUUUGAUUUUAACCAAACUUGCACAACACUUGCGUUGCCAUAAGAUCUUGAUUCCUUUCUUGAACCGGCCAGAUCCCAUAAUGGGUUCCAGAGUUAUGGCCCCUGAUAGGGCCGAAAUUAGCUAUUUUGACCUGGUCUGUACAAUAGCAGCUUCAUUUAUGAUUUGAAUUUAAUCAAACUUGCACAAAACUUGUGUCACCAUAAGAUCUUGGUUCCUUUCUUGAACCGGCCAGAUCCCAUAAUGGGUUCCAGAGUUAUGGCCCCUGAAAGGGCUAAAAUUGGCUAUUUUGACCUUGUCUGCACAAUAGCAGCUUCAUUUUUGAUUUGAUUUUAACCAAACUUGCACACAACUUGUAUCACCAUAAGAUCUCGAUUCCUUUUUAUACACCCACAGGGACGUAUUAUGUUAUCGCCUCGGUGUCUGUCUGUCUGUUUGUGUGUUGGUUAGCAAUUUCCCUUCCGCUCUGUAACUCUUGAACCGCUUGAUGGAUUUCAAAGAAACCUGACACAAAUGUUCAUCUCAUUGAAACGAUUUGCAGAGUGCAUGUUUCCGAUGGCUCACUUCAAUGUCAAGGUCACACUUAGGGGUCAAAGGUCAUAUGACUUUGUUUUGUGUGAAUAUUGCUCUGCAUUUGCGUUGCAUUGCAGUGCUCUUGUUUUUAUUUGACAGAUCCUUCUUUUGUUUGCUUACAAUAUUUUUUUUUUAAUUACUUCCCUUUUAUGUUACUUUAAAUAGCUUAUUUAGUAACUUUUUUAUUAUUGGCCGUAGGAAAAAACCGAGACCACUUUUCUGUAGUACAACAUGGAUGGUACCUCCAAUGUUUAGGUGUAUUUUGACAUAUCUGUACAUUGUAAGAAUUUUUUAAUCCCCCGCCGUGGCGGAGGGAUUAUAGGAAUGGUCUCCAUCCGUCCUUCCGUCCGUAACAAAAUCGUGUCCGGUCCAUAUCUCCUAAACCCCUUGAAGGAUUUUCAUGAAACUUGGGUCAAAUGAUCACCUCAUCAAGACGAUGUGCAGCACCCAUGAGUCAGCUUUGUUGGUUCAAGGUCAAGGUCACAACUCAAGGUCAAAGGUUUGAGCCUGCCAUUUUGUGUCCACUCUGUAUCUCCUAAACCCCUUGAAGGAAUUUUAUAAAACUUGGGUCAAAUGAUCACCUCAUCAAGACGAUGUGCAGAACCCAUGAGUCAGCCAUGCCGGCUCAAGUUCAAGGUCAUAACUCAAGGUCAAAGGUUUGAUCCUUCCAUUUUGUGUCCGCUCUAUAUCUCUUAAACCCCUUGAAGGAAUUUUAUAAAACUUGGGUCAAAUGAUCACCUCAUCAAGACGAUGUGCAGAACCCAUGAGUCAGUCAUGCCGGCUCAAGGUCAAGGUCACAACUUAGGGUCAAAGGUUUGAACCUUCCAUUUUGUGUCCGCUCUAUAUCUCCUAAACCUCUUGAAGGAUUUUCAUCAAACUUGGGUCAAAUGAUCACCUCAUCAAGGCGAUGUGCAGAACUUAUGAGUCAGCCAUGUCGGCUCAAGGUCAAGGUCACAACUGAAAGUCAAAGGUUUGAGCCUUCCAUUUCGUGUCCGCUCUAUAUCUCCUAAACCCCUUGAAGGAAUUUUAUAAAACUUGGGUCAAAUGAUAACCUCAUCAGAACGAUGUGCAGAAAUUAUGAGUCAACCAUGCCAGCUCAAGGUCAAGGUCAUAACUAAGGGUCGAAGGUUUGAGCCUUCCUUUUGGUGUCCACUCUGUAUCUCCUUAACCCCUUGAAGGAUUUUCAUCAAACUUGGGUCAAAUGAUCACCUCAUCAAGAACUCAUGAGUCAGCCAUGUCAACUCAAGGUCAAGGUCACAACUGAAGGUCAAAGGUUUCAGCUCUGUAUCUCCUAACCCCUUGAAGGAUUUUCAUGAAACUUUGGUCAAAUGAUCACCUCAUCAAGACGUUGUGCAGAAUUCAUGAGUCAGCCAUGUCAGUUCAAGGUCAGGGUCACAGCUAAAAUCAAAGGUUUUACCCUUUCACUAUCCAUAGCAGUGGCGGGGGAUUUAGCUGUCUUUCAGACUGCCUUGUUCUUUUUGUUUUUGGUUAAAGCAAUGGUACUCAGGUGAGCGAUAUAGGGCCAUCAUGGCCCUCUUGUUACCGCAUAUGUUCACUUAUUUUGAGAUUUAAGUUGCUCAGACUUCCAAGUAAAUACAUUCUUUUCUUUUAUUUUUCUUUUAGUUGAUUAUAUUUAAGACAUUUUAGCUUUAUGCUUUUUGAUUGUAUCAGUCUGUUAAAUGAACAAACUGUGAUGAAAACAUUCCUUUUGACAAACUGCUGAUGUAAUGACAUUUGCUGUUUGAGAUACUACUAAAUAGAGCUGAUGCUUAAAAAUUGCCAGGAAUCUUGUUAUCUAAAAAGUCACAACACUCACUUGGCACAUGUCACAUUAUAUGAAUUUUCUUCAUAGCCAGAUUUACAUUUCACAUUAUACAGAGUUUAUUCUAAACCAGAUUUACAGAUCACAUUAUAUGGAGUUUGUUCUUCGCCAGAUUUACAUAUCACAUUAUAUGGGUAUUAUUCUUAGCCAGAUUUACAUUUCGCAUUAUACGGGUUUUAUUCUUAGCUAGGUUUACAUAUCACAUUAUACAGUUUGUUUUCUUAGCCAGAUUUACAUUUUGCAUUAUAGAGGUUUUGUUCUAGCCUGAUUUACAUAUUGCAUUAUACAGGUUUUACUCAUGGCCUGCCUGAUUUACAUACUGUAAAAUUAUUUAAUUUCGUGGGCAUGAAAUUUCAUGGUUUUGGUCAGAAUGGCAAUUUCGUGGGGAUAUGAAUUUAUGGAUUUCAACUUUUGAACAUAAAAUGAAUGGGAAUUUCACUUGUUUGAUGGGAUUAAAUUUCGUGGAUUGACUCAACCAGGAAAUCCACGAAAGUUAAUCCCCCACGAAUAUUAAUGAUUUCACAGUAUUACAUUAUACAGGUUUUACUCAUUGCCUAAUUUACAUGUUACAUUAUACAGGUUUUACUCAUGGCCUGCCUGAUUUACAAUAUACAUUAUACAGGUUUUACUCAUGGCCUAUUUUACAUAUUACAUUAUACAGGUUUUACUCGUGGUCUGAUUUACAUAUUACAUUAUACAGGUUUUACUCAUGGCCUGAUUUACAUAUUAUAUAUUAUACAGGUUUUACUCAUGGCCUGAUUUACAUAUUACAUUAUACAGGUUUUUCUCAUGGCCUGAUUUACAUAUUAUAUAUUUUACAGGUUUUACUCAUGGCCUGAUUUACAUAUCCCAUUAUACAGGUUUUAUUCAUGGCCUGAAUUACAUAUUACAUUACAGAGGUUUUGUUCGCUGCCUGAUUUACAUAUCUCAUUGUACAGGCUGUGUUCAUAGCUUAAUUCACAAAUCACAUUAUACAGGCUGUAUUCAGGGGCAGAACUACAAAAUGGGUAAAAGGUUUAUUUUACAUACAGGACCAAAUACCUUUCCUUGGUGAGCACUAGAUCUUGCAUUUUGAAUCCUGAUGAUAAUGUGAUUGUUAUAAUAGCUUUAUAUGAAUUUUGUUUGUAUUACAACAUAAUCAUGUGAUAGCGAAGGUCGGCCAACUGUUUACAAUUUCGUUUCUGCUCAGUCACUUAAGAAGGUUUUGACCUAUAAUCCUCAAACUUGAGAUGCAUAUUGCUCAGAGCUCAUGGGCAGUGCAUGACCGCUAUCGAUUUUGAGGUCAAAAGAAUUUCACUUGUUCGAUGGGAUUAAAUUUCGUGGAUUGACUCAUCCACGAAAUCCACGAAAGUUAAUCCCCCACGAAUAUUAAUGAUUUCACAGUAUUACAUUAUACAGGUUUUACUCAUGGCCUAAUUUACAUGUUACAUUAUACAGGUUUUACUCAUGGCCUGCCUGAUUUACAAUUUACAUUAUACAGGUUUUACUCAUGGCCUGCCUGAUUUACCAUUUACAUUAUAAAGGUUUUACUCAUGGCCUGUUUUACAUAUUACAUUAUACAGGUUUUACUUAUGGUCUGAUUUACAUAUUACAUUAUACAGGUUUUACUCAUGGCCUGAUUUACAUAUUAUAUAUUAUACAGAAUUACUCAUGGCCUGAUUUACAUAUUACAUUACAGAGGUUUUACUCAUGGCCUGAUUUACAUAUAAUAUAUUAUACAGGUUUUACCCAUGGCCUGAUUUACAUAUCGCAUUAUUCAGGUUUUACUCAUGGCCUGAUUUACAUAUCGCGUUAUACAGGUUUUAUUCAUGGCCUGAAUUACAUGUUACAUUACAGAGGUUUUGUUCGCCGCCUGAUUUACAGGCUGUGUUCAUAGCUUAAUUCACAGAUCACAUUAUACAGGCUGUAUUCAGGAGCAGAACUACAAAAUGGGUAAAAGGUUUAUUUUACAUGCAAGACCAACCUUUCUUUGGUGAGCACUAGAUCUUGCAUUUCAAAUCCUGAUGAUAAUGUGAUUGUUAUAAUAGCUUUAUAUGAAUUCUGUUUGUAUUACAACAUAAUCAUGUGAUAGCGAAGGUCAUCCAUCUGUUUACAAUUUCGUUUCUGCUCAGUCACUUAAGAAGGUUUUGACCUAUAAUCCUCAAACUUGAGAUGCAUAUUGCUCAGAGCUCACGGGCAGUGCAUGACCGCUAUCGAUUUUGACGUCAAAAGUCUAGGUCACAGGGACUAUAAGUACAAAACCGUUUCCUCUCGAUAUCUAAAGAACAUUUUGACCUACUGUCCUCAAACUUACAGGCACAUUCCCAUGGGCAGUGCAUGUUCCAAAUUGAUUUUGAGGUCAGUGGGUGAAAGAUCACAGUAACUGCUAACUUAAAGAUUAUUUCUGCUCUUCGUCAUUAAAAUGCCCGACAUACGAUCCUCAGACUUGGCAGGUAUAUUGCACAUGGGUAAUGGUUGACCCUUAUUGAUUUUUAUGUCGGGGUCUGUUGGUACAAAAAAACUAUGACAAUUUAGUUCCACCCAGUAAUUGACUUAUGGUUCGUAAUUUUGAUAUGCAUAUUGCUUGGUAUGUUUGUUAGUUUUUAUAUUUGUUCGAUCAUUUUAAUGACUACCUCAGUUUUGUUGUUGUUUUUUAGUAUUGUUGAAAUAUAUAAAAUAUUCUAAAUAAAUAAUUUAGUUGGAUUAUUUAUAGCAUAAUAAGUAAUAUCUCUAACAUUUUCAUUUCUAUUUGUUACAUCAUACAGGUCACCUUUUCCCACAGUAUUUUUAUGACUUUCUUUGAAAAAUUUGAAGUACAAAUGUAUCUAAAUUUUGUUCAUGUCGGUAAAUAAUGGUACAGUCUGCGGUUGACAGAUGAUUCUACAGUUUUAACGGUCAUUGGGUUAAAAGUCAGGAUGACAGUGACCUUGGAACUUAAAAUUGUUUCAGAGUUCUAUUGGACCUGCAGCAGUCACACAACAGUCAAACUACAUUGGCGUACCAGAUAUUCUGUGGUCUGUAGAUGACAGCUCUUGCAUUUUGCCAAAGGUCAGCUGCAAAGCUUAAUACGUCCGACAGGCCAUCAUUGGGGCAUAUGGGCUUUUCUAAUAGCUCUUGUUAUAUAUUUCAUUUAUAUAGAUAUUCUUUAACAUAUUUCAGUUAUUUGUUACAUUAAACAAUAUAUAUAUCUUAUUGUUUUAUA